AUGAACAAGAAAAGAAAACGGACCGGCGUAUCGACGGGCUAUAGCGUGUCGUAUGGAGUCGGCAGCAGAACCAAAAUCUCUGCGAACAAAAUGCUGACACAGCGCGAGUCCGAUCGGCGCCGACAAGCCCAGCUUCUCUCGAGCUUGAGCUAUACACAGCGGCAGGAACUUAUUGGCGCCGGUAACUACGACAUUGAAAUGGGUGAAGCGCCUGAUUACUAUGACGCUGCCGACGAGCAACCUCAGUCUUGGCAACCCCUCAAUGAGCAAGAAGUUGAAGCCCUAAGGCAUCUCCCCCCUGGUGAAGAAGGCUAUUUCAAUAGCAACGAAGGCAAGGAAGCGGCGUUUCAUGAAAUACUGGCCAAGUGCCAGCCUAAACGCGCUGACCUUCGGACCCGGAAUAUGCGGGUCCAGGAAAUGAUCAAUGCUUGGCAACAAUCUAUGGAGUCGUUGACAGAUGCGUAUCUGGAUUUCAAACUCCACGGGCCGCCCGACACUGAUCCUCAGGUGGCUUCAUGGUCUGUUGAGAUCAUUGGCUUUGACGAGUUCGGACCGCACCAAUUCUCUCAUAUUGAAGGUGCACGCUAUGUCAAUCAAUCUCUUCUACGACAUGGUUAUAUCGGCGCCGCUCCGAUCCGCGUGACCCGCGCAUUCCCCAUCCGCACAUUGGAGAUAUACCGUCAAAUUCACCGGGUUUGCCCCAGGUACACAAUAGAUACUUGGUCCAAAACCUUGACCAACCUGCAUGAGAAAGCUCGCAUCAGCAACCUGACCGAACAGCUCAGCACGGCUUACGACGCCUACUUAGAGCUGUUACGACAUGUCGAGAUACUGAAUGGCAGCGGCAGGCUGUUUGCCCUCUUGAAACUCGUGGACCCUAGUUAUCGACCCGGUAAUGUCCGCGCCGAUGAUCGGACAUCCAACUCAUUCCGGCAUCUGUCAAGUGAGGAGGUGGACGUCUUCAAAGAUGAAGUGGUCAAUUCAAAGAAAGCAAAACCGGCUUCAGUAGACCCCGCCUCAACAAUGGAAUCGCCCCCAAUGCCUGGAUCUUCAUCUCAGGCACCAGAGGUACCGGUGACACCGGAUCCAGCUCUACCCGUUGAUGAUGCCGAUACGGUGUGGCUCGAUGAAUUAGAGCUCACCCCAGAAGAGCUCGAUGAUGUCGGGAAAUCGGUGAAUGUCUGUGUAGAGCGUUGGAAGGCGGCAGGUCCAGAAGCGCGCAAGAGAAUGUUUGCGCUUUUUGCGAUUUCUGGUAUCUUUCUCACCUGGGGAAUUAAUGAAAUACCCACUGGCUAUGGUCAAGGCGUUGCUCGAUUGCAAAUCGACGAGCAUUUCAAGUUUCAUGAUCUUGACAAGCAUGCUGCGUCAGGGAAAUUUAUCUUCGAUAACUAUCGACAAGCGGUCGAGAAGCUCGCCUUCGACCGUGGCCAGCUUGAAUUGAUCGAACAGGAACUCGGCACCACACCGGCCGACUAUGAGCAAGACCAUCAAAACGAACGACAGUACUUUGCGGGUUUGCGAUCUGAGCCUGCUGAUAUCAAAGAGAAGGCCGACUACAUUGAGCUGCUACUGAAAUUGAAUCUCACAAAACAAGAUUCCGAUGACGCGGCUAUAAAGCAUCGGAAACUUGACCGUGUACUAGAUGACGACGACUACGACGAGAAAGCUAUCAAGCGCAUCAAAACUAGGUAUCGAACAACUUGGACCCGCUAUCAGAACGCACAGGAGGCGACAUUGCGAUUCGAAGAAGAACAUGACAUUUCGACACGCUGGACUGUCAACUCGCCGGAAUACCAAAGUGCUGCACUGAUAAUGACUGAGCGCGAAUAUCAUACUGCACUAUCCGAGCUGGAAAGGCUGACAGUAGCGCGUCUUUUGGAGCUUACCAAACUCGACAUGAGCGGUCUUGCCUACAAACUGCGCGACAAGCUCAACAGCUCCCUUCGAACCCGGUCAGAUGCUGUUCGCCGAGCUCUGGUACGCUAUAAUGCUGCUGCUGCUCGUCUAAAUCCACCACGUCCACAAAUCGGGUGGAAGGAAGUCAACGACCUGGCAACUUUGGCUGAAUUUGACCUUCUUCGAGAAACGCGGAGCGAUGUUCGGCUCCAACCCUGGACUCAGCCUUCACGCCGUCAAGCGCGAACACUGUACUUCGGAAUCAAGAGAGCCAGAGAGGAAAUCCGCCGCUUGAAUGUGGAGAUACGACGUUUGAUCACAUAUCUACUCGAUGAGCAUUUUGACUUCUAUCGUGCCAUCGCGCAGCACCUGAUCACCAAUCCAGCCCUCGCUGGAGAGCUUUCUCGGCGCUGGGAGCAUGCAACACAGCUGAGCGCAUCCAUAUGUUGGCAGAUACGCAAGUGUUCUCGUCUCAUUGGAUUCUCGGGCAGCCUGUUUCCUGGAACCCGAGUGGGGCGUCAACAAGCAAAGAAUGAUGGCCUUCCGUUGCCUUCGUGGCUCGGGCAAGAGCUGGGAAUUAUCCAAACCGAAGUCUCAUACGAGGAAGUGUCCGACGACAUUCCGGUUGGAACCGACGAUGAAGAGAUGCGAGCGACUGACGGACUCGAAGUGGUUAAUGAGAUAGACUUGGAUGAGGAUGACUUGGGACGUCUUAUGAACCACCUAAGCACUUACGACGAUGUAUAA